AAUGAGUCGCAUCACAUGUCAAGAACGCCAGGGCGGCUCUCUUUAUAUUCUAAACACACAGCUCAGUCUCCAAUACCUCAGAAACACAACUCUUCUCUCUUCUCUCUCUAUACUUUGAUAGACUAAAAACUCUCUAUGAAUUUGAAACCACAGUAGUUGCAGAGGACGGAAAGAAACAGAGGUGUGAUAAUGGAGGAAUUAACUGGAAGCUCUCCCAAGAUAACCCAACUGUUGUCUCCUACAACCCAUAAUGGUGGCUUCAGAACCAUGCCCUUCAUCAUAGUGAACGAAUCGUUUGAGAAGGUUGCAAGCUAUGGGCUGAUGCCCAAUAUGAUAUUCUACUUAAUGAAAGAAUAUAACUUGAACGCCGCCACUGGAACCACCAUUCUCUUGCUCUGGUCUGCUACUUCAAAUGCCUUCGCCAUAGUUGGAGCUUUCCUCUCUGAUUCUUACUUGGGUCGAUUUCGUGUCAUCGUCUUGGGCUCCAUCUCUAGCCUCCUUGGGAUGAUUCUGCUAUGGUUAACAGCAAUGGUUCCAGAGACGAAGCCUUCUUCUCCCUUGAGCCAACCAUCGUCGUCCCAAUUGACUCUCUUGUUCUCCUCAUUUCUGCUCAUGUCCAUUGGAGCUGGUUGCAUUAGGCCAUGCUCCAUUGCCUUUGGAGCAGAUCAAUUGAUCAAGAUAGAUGGACCAAACAAUGAGGGGAUCUUACAGAGCUUCUUCAACUGGUUCUAUGCUUCUACUGGGAUUUCCACCAUUCUUGCACUUACUGUGAUUGUGUACAUUCAAGAUCAUUUCGGCUGGAAAGUGGGUUUUGCAGUACCUGCAUUUCUCAUGCUCAUAGCUGCUCUACUGUUCUUAGUGGGUUCUCCUUUGUAUAUCAAAGUGAAGGCCAGUAAAAGCUUGUUCACCGGAUUCUUUCAAGUUCUUGUGUUGGCUCUUAGAAACAGAAAUCUUCCUUUCCCUGUCAAUAGCUCCCAUGGAUGCUACCAUCAAGCCCCACAUUCAGAGCUCAUCGAACCGACCAAGAACCUAAGCUUCUUAAACAAAGCUUGCAUCAAUGAGAACCCAUCAUCAAAUCCAAAGAAGAAGCUCUGCACAGUGGAUCAAGUAGAAUCCCUGAAGUCACUAGUAAGAGUCAUCCCUAUAUGGUCUAGUGGUAUCAUCCUCCAAGUGAUCAUCAACCAAUCUUCAUUCACAGCAAUCCAAGCAAGCACGAUGGAUAGACACUUAACCUCUCACUUCCAAAUUCCUGCAGGUUCAUUUACAGUGUUCUUAGUCCUCACUUUAACCAUAUGGGUAGCCAUGUAUGACCGCGUAAUCGUUCCCUUAAUGGCGAAGUACAUGAGAAAACCUCGUGGGCUUGGCCAAAAUCAACGUAUGGGUAUUGGAAUACUAGUCUCUGUGGCAGCCAUGGCAGUCUCAGCAGGAGUUGAGAUGGUCCGAAGGCGAUCAGCGAUCGGAGAAGGGUUAGCAGAUAAUCCAUUAAGAGUGGUGAAUAUGUCAGCUAUGUGGUUGGUUCCACAACAAUGCUUGCUUGGUUUAGCUGAAGCAAUCUAUGCUGUGGCACAAAUAGAGUUCUUUUACUCUCAUUUCUCUAAGAACAUGGCCAGUGUGGCGAUGGGUAUUUUCACAUUGGGUAUGGCUGCUGGUAACUUGAUAGGUAGUCUUAUAGUGAAGAUUGUGGAUGGGGUUACUAAAAGAGGAGGUAAGGAGAGUUGGGUUUCAAGUAACCCUAAUAAGGGUCACUAUGAUUAUUAUUACUGGCUUCUUGCAAUCUUGUGUUCUAUUGAUUUCUUUUAUUUUCUCUUAUGUUGCUGGGUUUAUGGGCUUAGCAAGAAAGAGGAAACCAAACAUGAGGGUGGAGCAGAAACAGAGGUUUGUGAUGGUAGCAAAGGGCUUGUAUGACUUGACCGUAUAUGACCUGAUGGAUCGACCCAACUUGAAGGAGUAUAUAUUUGGUCUAUUAUCAUACUGUGCAAGAAAGCAAGAUUUGGAGAUUUUUUGA